AUGUACAGAAAAGAUCCAACCACGAUUCCUCAAUAUAAGCAACGUUCCAUUAAACAGCGGGCAUCACCAGAACGUAUCAGUGAAGCGGAUUCACCUGGUGUACCAACGCCACGUAUCAGUGAAGCGGAUUCACCUGGUGUUACGCAAGAGGUGAGUAUCAAUGUAUCGUUCGUGAAAAAACCGGUAGAUGAACACGGCAUCGAAGUGGUGGAUAUCGCCGAGCUUAACGACAAGGAAAAGGAAGAGGACGACGUGUUUUUGUCGGACAAUGACGACAAUAACCUUGAAAGCUUCCUAGUCGAAGAGAGCUCUCAAACUGACCCGAUGACGCAUAACAAGGACACUGAAGAUGGCUCCGCACAAACCAGCGACGCUCAGAUAAGCAUUCACGAAGUUCAGACCAUCAAAGGAGGUCCUGAUAUCACUGAAAACGUUGCCACACAGACCUACAACCAGCCGUCCACGGACAGUUCUGCUCAAACCAAUGAAUUGCUAACACGUAGCAAUGAAGUCCAGGACCACUCUACGCAGACUAGCAAGCAGUCGAUACAUGAUGUUGAGGCUCAGUCUGUUGUUUCUACUGUACAACCUGCCAUUGCAUAUGAAGUACUGCAGUUGUCCCGAGAAUCCAUCAUAUUCAGACUAUCGACCAACCUCCCAAGAUCAUUAGCAGCGCUAAUACACAAAACAGACGACCACUUGCCGUCUACGAGUCGAAAACUUUACUUUCAGAACAGUUCUUCACAAACCGACGAGCAGCCGACGCGCAGUGAUGAAGUGCAGACAGAGGAAGAUAGCUCUCGAGUGAUGAUGAGUGUAGAGACAGAAAUUGAUGUCGAUCUCAUGUCACCGGUGAGCAUUCCUUGA